GGAGGAGCUGAUGCUUAAGGGGGUCCAGUUUUUUUCAUCAUGUCAUUGUCAAGUGGUACAUGUGGAGUAUCCUGAGAUGUGGGCUGCAAGGAGAGCCACAACCACAUCACAAGGAUACGGACUUGACAUAACAGUGACUCUAGACGAUGAAACGUAAACUAGAACUACUACUUCUAAAACCUGUCGCGAGAUCUCGCCAGUCGUGCUGGAGAAACUACAGGGCCAUUAGGAAAUGGCGGCAUUGGAGCGCGCGGGCCCUCCAAGGACCCUCUGACACGCAGUAAAGAGAAUCGGGCGAGUGCCGCUUCAAUCGAACAGCCUUACUGGGACCCACUCCAAUAUGCGGUACCUAGCCGUCUAGGAAAUCCAGACGCACGUGAGACACCAUGUUCGCUACUACAGACGGGCGGCGUUCGGAACCUGUUGAAAGAGUACCUCCUUCACAACCUGUUGUUUCAUUACUAGGGAGAAUGAUUCUAUGAAGAAGUACUAGAAGUGAAGUCAAACUCAAAUUCUUCUGAUAACGAGGUUCUUCAAAUAAGAAUUACGACUCUGAUAGAAGUUUCUUUGUUGUACAACGCGAAACUGAGACCUUAUUUCCAACUAACGAAGGUUUCACCACGUGAUGUCGCUUCAUAGUGGCUCGCAAAUGGUUUCGACACUGGUUGCAGACGAGUCAGCAGGUUCGGACUUGUUUGCGGUCGCACUAGAAUCAGAGAUUUCUGGAAGAGGCGCGAUGCACCCUCGGCUACUCAGUAGGGAUUUCAACGGCCGCGACGUCGGGCACACGAUUGUGGUUGCCUCAGAGUCUGAAACCUCAGUCACGCAACCGUCAAAACUCCUCCGAGGCGGUGAAGUUGUACUAAUUUUACUCGUAUGAGGAUUCUUUUCAUCUCGUGCAAAUAAGAUUCUUGACUAUCUAAGGAUCAAAAGCUCAUUUAUGAAGAUUGAAGAAAGAUGCAGGUCUACAAGCCAGGACCCGUAUUGACUCAUCCAUCGCCAAACCAACCACCGCAGGUUCAUAUGAAAGGGAACUUUGGAAAUCUGUUAUGCCGCAACCUGAUAAUGUUCAGUGGGCCACGAUACACCGUGAAAUAUAAGAAAGCCGCGAGGCAUACAUGGCACGUCUGCGUAAGAAGCUUAGUUUAGAUUUACGUCUUUUUUGUUUUUAAUUCUUGAUCGUCAUCCGUACGCUUAGCUUGCUUUCCAUUUUUUGGUUUGACAAAAAUCAAAAAAUCAAAGUCAUCACUAUGAUUCUUUGAGUUUUUGAUUCAUCAAUCGAUCCGAUUCAUAUAAUAAAUUUGGAAUUCAUUGUUUCAAGAAUACGAGAAGCAUCGAACUACCAGGUACGGGAGAUCUUAAAAACAGCUGACGAGUUAAAAUUAAAGAGCAUCGCAAUCCCGAUUUGCUACUGCGUUCGCAAAGGGUACCCGUUGAAGGAGAGCGUACACAUUAUGCUACGAACGAUCAGGCGGUGGUUGGAUCUCCUGCCCAACAACAUAGAAGAAGUCAUCCUCGUCACGCCGUUCACCGAACACUACAACCUGGCGAAAGAACUCCUUAGAAUCUACUUUCCAAGGUACUAUAGUCUUCUAUACUCAUCUGAAUGAUGUAGGACUUCUUGUUAGUGACACGUGAUUUUGAUCUUCGUAGCGUGAUGAUUUGUCAAUCGUAGUGAGUCAUUAACAUUUUGAUUUUCGAAUUCACUUCGCACUACUUCUAAUUCAGAUCAUCACAGUCUUCUUCUCUUUCACGUCCUUGUCAACAUCCUACCCAUGUCGCGAUUACAGAUUCAUGCGCGAGGGCGAUGUCUUGCUCUAUGAGGAGCUGCAUGAAUGGAUGGCGAUCGAGAGCAUGACAAAAGACAGCUCAAUGGAUAAGGUAGAGGCGGACGAAGGGGAUGCUCAGCAGCAGGCAAGAGCUAGACUAAUGCUACUUCAAGUUAUGCUUGUUCAUGACUUAUAGAUUUUUGUUUUUGUUAGAAGAGGACUUCUUAAAUUAGGGGAAUUAAAUAGGAAGUGAAGCCUCCUGGUAUUAAAAGUCCCGUCGACAGUUUCGGAGUACUGGCCUGGGCAUCAUGCCAUACCCAAACGGAAUCGGGCUGGCGCAAUGUCCACACGCUCAGUUACCGAAACCUAAUCUACGAGAGGUUAGUAGUGUUGUACUCAAGUUUUUCUCUUGAUGUUAAAAGCCAACUACAUGUGGAAACAGAGAUAGAUUUUAACGAGGACACCUAUAGAUAGUACACAUACACUGACUGCGCCAUAGGAACACGAGCAUCAUGGAAAAAAUUGCUUAUUAAGUAUUUGAGUUUCCUUCUAAUCGCCCACAAUUUUUUGGCGAUCCUCAGACAGGAGAAUACGUGGACAGCCGAGACGGGAAGAAAGCGCACGAAUCUCUAAAGCGGAUGAUUAAGAAGAAGAAGCAAAAAGCGGAUGAUGCGCUGACUUGCAAAUCCCCGGAGGACGUGGACGUAUGUCUGUUUACCUGUUGUAUGUACGUAUGUCUGUUUACCUGUAGUUGUAUGUCUUUUUAGCACAUCAUGACUUCAUGAAUCAAAGGGUAGCAGUUCCACCUGAAGCAUUUCAUAUUUUUAGCAAUAAGAUUCUACGGAUUUCAUCUCAGUGGUGCGAGUAAGCUUUGUCCUCAUCUAGGGGAUUUCAUAUUAAAGACAACUACACAGGGCCUACUUAUCCUUCUAACACAUACUCAACAUACUCUAGAAAAAAUCAUUGUUGUACUUCGUUUCAAAACAGGCGAGCGCCGCGCCUUCCUCGGCACUGACGAGACGGGACGAAGACGAGCGUAGUGAUGACGGGGAGUUGAUCGAGAACUUCGUAGGCGACUGGGAUCACGUGGCGCAAAGGCGUCUCUCAAUGACCAUGUGGGAAGCCGAGUCGGCGAUUGAGUGUGCACGCAUUUACUUCCGAACUCUCCGUCACUGCCAUGAGAUGCAGGCACGCAAUCUCGACUUUCUCAUCGAUAACUCAGCGGGAGGAGGUAUCUACUUUUACUCAGAUUGACGAGGUCACUACUUUUACUCACUUUUAUCGAAAAAUUGUGCUGAACUAAAUGUAUGGUCGAAACGAAGCACGUGAAUGUAUCCUUGAAAUUUUUAGGCGCGGGCAAUCCUGGGGGACCGCGACCUGUUAUCGUCCCGCAUAUGUGGCUUUUGGGCGACCGAGUACCUGUUCGAUUCACCGAAGAGCAGCUAUUGGGUUUUUUUGUUUCUAAGAUAGAAUCGUUUCGAGACAUGGCUACGCCGGCCCCCGGCCGCCUCGUCCAAGAAUGUUAUCUUGUGUACGCGCACGCCACAGGACAGUAUUUACCCGCGAGCAGGCAGUUCUUCGGAGAAAUCGUAAUUUUUCGUUUUGCCUCAUCUCCAUGUGGUCUUAGUGAGUGUUCUUUUGUCGUCCUUUGAUGUAUACAUAGAGAAGCUGACUCUUACAAACACCUACUUAUAUCUACAAACACUUUUCACAUCAACUUUUCAGGUGCGCACCAUAGAGUGGAUAAUGCCUGGAAUGCAAUUGAUUAUCGUGCACCCAACGGUCGCUAUUAAGUUAAGCCUGUAG